GCUCAGCCAGCAGCAACAACACACCAUCCCGAGAGAGAACUCAUUCUUUUCUUGGUAAAAAAGAAAACAAACUAAGGUUCUGUUUUUAAUUUUGUUGUGGUCGUGCAUCAUCAUCAAUCAUGUCGGGUAUGGAGAGGCUUCAAAGAAUGUUCGCAGGUGCAGGAGGAGCAUUGGGUCAUCCACCACCUGAUUCCCCCACCCUCGAUUCCUCCGAACAGGUCUACAUCUCCUCCCUCGCCCUUCUCAAAAUGCUCAAACACGGAAGGGCUGGUGUUCCCAUGGAAGUGAUGGGUUUGAUGUUGGGGGAGUUUGUGGAUGAGUACACUGUUCGCGUUGUGGAUGUAUUUGCCAUGCCUCAGAGUGGUACAGGUGUUAGUGUUGAAGCCGUUGAUCAUGUCUUUCAGACUAACAUGCUUGAUAUGUUGAAACAAACUGGAAGACCUGAGAUGGUUGUAGGUUGGUAUCAUUCUCAUCCUGGAUUUGGAUGUUGGCUUUCUGGAGUGGAUAUUAAUACUCAACAGAGUUUUGAGGCUUUAAAUCAACGGGCAGUGGCUGUGGUGGUGGAUCCUAUUCAGAGUGUCAAAGGCAAGGUGGUGAUUGACGCUUUCCGGCUGAUUAAUCCACAAACUAUGAUGCUGGGUCAGGAACCACGACAAACAACCUCCAACCUGGGCCAUCUGAACAAGCCAUCUAUCCAAGCUCUGAUCCAUGGCUUGAACCGACAUUAUUACUCAAUAGCAAUCAAUUACAGGAAGAAUGAGCUUGAAGAGAAGAUGUUGCUUAACCUUCACAAGAAGAAAUGGACUGAUGGUUUGACACUCAGGCGUUUUGAUUCACAUUCUAAAACUAAUGAACAGACUGUUCAGGAAAUGCUGAAUUUAGCAACCAAGUACAACAAGGCAGUACAGGAGGAAGAUGAGUUGCCGCCAGAAAAACUUGCAAUCGCUAACGUUGGAAGGCAAGAUGCUAAGAAGCACCUUGAAGAGCAUGUUUCCAAUUUGAUGUCUUCGAACAUUGUUCAGACUUUGGGAAUGAUGCUCGACACAGUUGUGUUUUAGAAUUAGUAUUAUCCAUUGUACUCUUCCUUUUCCUGUCUAGCAAUAUUUCAUUAGCACGGUUGACUUGUUUGUUAAAAGAAAUUGUUUCUUCGUAAAUUGUUGCAUUUUGUGUUCAUCGUUUGAAAUGGAAGAGCGAGUUGCAUGUUAUAAUAUGAGAAUCAUGUUUUAAGCUCUAUAAAUGUCAUGGAGGCCCUUAUGAUCCUGCUCUAGAGUUUUACUCUUUUUUUUGGGUUACAGCUCUAGGGUUUUACUAUAUGAACCAUGUUUUAUGGAUUCUGUUGAAAGUUGAAACUUGGAGCCAUUAAACC